AGCUUACAUUUUCAUUAGUUCCUACUUUUUUAGACAACCAGCCCACACUGGAUUUCGAACAAUCUAAAAUUCCCCAUAGGACAAAGAGCGAAGGUCAUCGCUAACCAUACCUUGACUUAAAAGCAUGUCAUGUGCAAUCACCCAAACUGUUAUGCCACAAUCUCAAACAACCUCAACUCAUCCUGCCAAUCCGGAAGCUGGAAAGACAGGAAUUAGGAAAUUUGAAAUCGAUGGAUGGUGCAUAGAAACCUGCAAAUUGCCGAUUUUGAAUUCUGAACAAAGCAAGACUUUCACAGAUCAACUUACAAUUCCAUUACCCGAAAUUUGUUUCGGUCAAAAUAGACUUGAAAUCACACAUUCAGCUUCAGGUUUCAAAUACAAUUUCAAUACACUUUCAGCUCUUUUACUCGUAGAUCCAACAGAAGGUUCAGAAGGUGAACAUUUAAAAGUCGCUUACGCCGAUCACUGGUCCAACUCACGUAAACCGACUGAUGCAGUGACUAAAGUCAUCAACCCUUUUGAUUGGACUUAUACCACCAAUUAUAUUGGAACAGAUGAGUCUGCGAAAAAUCUUUUCAAACGACCUGAUGACGUAGAAAAUCAUCCAGGAAUACCUCUUGCUGUCUUAUCUCGACCUGAUCCGAUUCUCUUUUUUGAUGAAGUAACACUUUUUGAAGAUGAACUACAUGAUAAUGGAAUGGCUAGUCUUCAAGUCAAAGUAAGAGUGAUGCCUAGUUGCAUUUUUGUGUUAUCCCGAUUCUUCCUGCGAGUCGAUGGUGUAAUUUUCAGAGUCUUUGAUGUAAGACUAUUUAUCGAUAUCACAAAAAAUCAAAUAAUCCGUGAAGUAAAAGGAAAAGAGAUGUCAUACAAUGAAGUCAAAAACAAACUUCCUAUCGAAAAAGCACAUGAUCUUACCCCAUUGACAGAUGCGAAUUGGGUAGGUCAUGUGAUGGGUAUGAUUCAAAAAGAUUCAAAUUUCCUUCCUCAUUCUUUGUUUUCAUCUAUACCAUCUGAGCGAAAAAGUUGGAAAUCUUUUCUUGGUACUCAACUCGAGGUUGCUAUUUUACAAUCAUGAAGGUUUGAAAUGUAUUCAUUUUUUUUGGCGAGGUGAAGAUUGAUAGGGAAGUUUGAGGAAGAAGAUGUGAUGUAAUACUACUUAACGGCAAGAGUCUGAUUGCAGUGGC